CGAGAAUCUAAAAUUCGGAAACUUUUGUAAAUAUAAAACAAUUGGGAUUUUUUGUAUUACGGCAUCAAACAGUAGAAAUUUAUGAAAAUUUGCCGUAAAAAUUAUUAGAUUUCAUAUGCAUUAGACGGAUCAAUCGGGUCGGAUCCAACAGAACCCGGAAUGGGUCCAUUUUCAUCUAACAACACUCUAAUGGCGGCAAACAAAUCCCCCAAAUCUCUAUAAAUUCACUCCAAAUCAAAAACUAAUCAGAUCAAAAAAUGGCGGAUGAUGAAGCAGAGAUGUACGAUGGAGUUAGGGCACAGUUCCCAUUAUCCUUUGGUAAACAGCCUCAAGCUCAUAAAUCCCUCCAACUCAUUCACAAUUCCACUCGCCGGACCACCAACUCCUCCGCCGUCAUCACCACCACAUCCACCUCCGCCGCGGCCGGCAGUAAACUUGAGGCAUCGCCUUUCCCUUCUCUAUCUACUUCCUCUAAAUCAUGGCUUAAUUCGCUCAAAAACCCUAAUUAUAAAUCCAAUAUCAUCGGCCCAACCCGUCCUAAUACUGGACUGAGCUCGAGAAAUGACAAGUCGGAAGAGGAGGAGGAGGAUAGUGCUAUUAUUGGGCCACGUAGACCCGCAGUUGAUGCGAAGACGGAGGAUGAUGAGGAAGGUGAAACGAUUGGGCCGCCUAGGCCUGUAGUUGAUGCGAAGACGGGGUAUGAGGAUGAUGAGGAAGGUGAGAUGAUUGGACCGCCUAGGCCUGCAGUUGAUGCAAAGGCGGGGGAGGAUGAGGAUGGGGAAAUGAUUGGGCCACCACGACCUCCGAGGCAAGAUUCGGAGGAUGAGAUGGAAGAAGAAGAGGAAGAGGAACAGAAUCGGUAUAGGAUACCUUUGAGUAAUGAAAUUGUACUCAAAGGACAUACAAAGGUUGUUUCUGCUCUUACUGUGGAUCAUUCCGGAUCAAGGGUUCUCUCUGGUAGCUAUGACUAUACUGUUCGUAUGUAUGACUUUCAAGGAAUGAAUGCUCGAUUACAGUCGUUUAGACAGCUGGAACCAUCUGAAGGGCAUCAAGUUCGUAGUUUGAGCUGGAGUCCGACAGCAGACCGAUUUUUAUGUGUUACUGGGUCAGCCCAAGCAAAGAUCUAUGAUCGCGAUGGACUUACACUUGGGGAAUUUGUAAGGGGAGACAUGUAUAUACGUGAUCUUAAGAAUACGAAAGGUCAUAUAUCUGGAUUGACAUGUGGAGAAUGGCACCCCAAAACAAAGGAGACAAUUUUGACAUCGUCGGAGGAUGGUUCGUUGCGCCUGUGGGAUGUCAAUGACUUUAAGAGUCAAAAGCAGGUUAUUAAACCAAAACUUGCUCGGCCUGGGAGAGUUCCAGUAACGACAUGUGCUUGGGAUCGGGAAGGAAAAAAAAUUGCAGGUGGUGUAGGAGAUGGUUCUAUACAGAUAUGGAAUCUUAAGCCUGGAUGGGGAAGCAGGCCAGAUAUAUAUGUUGCAAAUGCCCACUCAGAUGAUAUUACAGGAGUGAAAUUUUCAAGUGAUGGUCGGAUAUUAUUGUCAAGAAGUUUCGAUGGUUCCUUAAAGGUUUGGGAUUUGCGCCAGAUGAAAGAACCCUUGAAAGUGUUUGAUGAUCUCCCAAACAAUUAUGCUCAAACUAACAUUGCAUUUAGUCCUGAUGAACUACUGUUCAUUACUGGGACGUCUGUUGAAAAAGAUGGGACUACUGGAGGAAUGCUAAGCUUUUUUGAUCGAGGAAAGCUAGAACUAGUGUCAAGAGUUGGAAUAUCUCCUACUUACAGUGUUGUGCAGUGUGCCUGGCACCCUAGGCUGAAUCAGAUAUUUGCAACAGUUGGGGAUAAACAUGAAGGUGGAACUCACAUUUUAUAUGAUCCAACACUGAGUGAAAGAGGAGCACUAGUUUGCGUUGCUCGUGCACCCAGGAAAAAGUCUGUGGAUGAUUUCCAGGCAGAGCCAGUUAUUCAUAAUCCACAUGCGUUACCCUUAUUUAGAGAUCAACCUAGCCGCAAGCGUCAGCGAGAGAGAGUAUUGAAGGAUCCACUGAAGUCUCAUAAACCUGAGCUGCCAAUAACAGGGCCAGGUUUUGGUGGUAGAGUUGGUUCAACCAAGGGAAGCUUGUUGACGCAAUAUCUUCUUAAGCAAGGUGGCUUGAUAAAGGAGACUUGGAUGGAAGAAGAUCCUAGAGAAGCAAUCUUGAAGCAUGCCGAUGCAGCCGCAAAAGAUCCAAAAUUUAUUGCUCCAGCAUAUGCUGAUACACAGCCUGAACCACUUUUUGCCGAGCCAGAUGCCGAAGAUGAAGAAGAUAAGUAAUCUACAUGUUUCCAAAUGCCUUUCUGGAUUUAUGUUGCAAUCUGUGUGCCAGUAAUUUUUUCUGCUUGACUGCUUGUAGAAUAUAUGUUGAGAGUAAUCCUCAUAUGUAAUCUUUCAUUAAAAUGACUCUCAACCUGGGUAAAGUACAAUAACUGAUUCAUAUCAUAAAGUUAUUUUUUGUUAUUAUAGUUUUACUUUGUCA